AUGGCUUCUUCUUCUUCUUCAUCAUCUCUGGUGAUUUCCCCAAGAAAGCUUCGCUCAGAUUUGUAUUCCUACUCCUACCAAGAGGAUUGUAGCACCCCAUUGGUGAUAAAUGUUCUGGCUUCGCUGAUUGAGAGGAGCAUGGCCAGAACAGAGAGGAUCGAGAAGAAUGGUUCUUGUUCUUUGUCCAAGGCCAUUAGCACAAACAUCUUUUAUUGCAGGGAUAUCCCAGACAUGACAAUCCAAUCCUAUCUAGAGAGAAUUUUCAGGUACACUCGUGCAAUACCCUCGGUGUAUGUUGUGGCCUAUGUCUACAUCGACAGGUUUUGCCACAACAACCCAGGAUUCAGAAUCAAUGCUAGGAAUGUGCAUAGGCUUCUCAUUACAACAAUCAUGUUGGCUUCCAAGUAUGUUGAAGACAUGAACUAUAGAAAUUCCUACUUUGGAAGAGUUGGUGGGUUAACAACUAACGAGCUGAACAAGUUGGAGCUGGAAUUCCUUUUCUUGAUGGAUUUCAAAUUGCAUGUGAAUGUGAGUGUUUUUGAGAGCUAUUGCUGUCAUUUAGAGAGGGAAGUGAGCAUUGGAGGAGGCUACCACAUUGAGAGGACCCUGAGAUGUGCAGAAGAACUCAAAGCAAGGCAUAGAGAAGAGAAGGGUUUCACACACAUUGCUCGUGUAAUGUUGUGA